AUGAACCUGCAGCUGCGCUCGCAGCGUCGCCAUCGCUCUGCUUGUGAACGAGCCCUGCGGAGUUUCGCGUCUCUCCGCAGCGCGGCCCCGGCCGCCGCGGCCCCGGCGGCGGCGCAGCCGGCGCAGCCCGGGCUGAUGGCGCAGAUGGCGAGCACGGCGGCGGGGGUGGCCGUGGGCUCCGCCGUGGGCCACGUCGUGGGCAGCGCCCUCACCGGCGCCUUCAGCGGCGGCGGCGGCUCCGCCGAGCCGGCCCGAGCGCCCAGCGCCGCCCAGGAGCCCCGGCAGCCCGCGUACCCCCAGGCGCCCUAUGGACCCUGCCACUACGAGAUGAAGCAGUUCCUGGAAUGCGCCACCAGCCAGAGCGACCUGACCUUGUGCGAGGGCUUCAACGAGGCCCUGAAGCAGUGCAAAUACAGCAAUGGUGUUUCUUCUCUCCUGUGAAGACUCCCCCCUCCUGUAGGGGAAACGAGCCCGGUAUAGAGCCCAGCUGGCUGCAGGGAGUAGAGGAAGGACAGACGGCUGGGUUAUGAUGUGCAGGGAACAGAGUGACCAAAUAGUCUUCUAGUGGCAACUCACUUCUAGACUAGUAAGGAAGGAAGAACAGUUGGACCUAUGAGAUGUUGGCAUUUGUAUCUCUUGCAGAGAAAGAGGAAAUAAAGGAGACUAUUUGAAGCUGUAA